AAGUUUACCUAAAAAGACACAGGUUUUUCAUUUGCGUGUUGUUUCAGCAAAUUUAUUACUACUACAGAGGCAUAGCCCCACAGAUGCCAUAUUAUGUUUUCUUUUUUUGUUUUUUUUGUCUCCCCAAGGACCUCAGUGACAUGACCGCCAGCAUGGCUGACCCAAGCCGCCUCCUCCACAAUGCCAGCUCCUGCCUUCCUCACUCCCCACCCCCAGUCAGUGUGACCCUCUCUCUGUUCUACACAGCCCUCUUGGUCUUCAGUGCUCUGGGAAACAUCCUUGCCCUACACCUUGCCUGUCAAAAGGGCAAGAAGAUCAACUCAACGGGCGUCUACUCGGUCCAGCUGGCAGUGUCUGACCUCCUGUUCACGCUGGCCCUGCCUGGAAGGAUCACUUACUACCCGCUGGACUUCAGCUGGCCUUUUGGUGAAGGGCUCUGCAGGCUGACGGCGCUCAUCCUCUACGUGAACACCUACGGGGGGGAGGGGGUCUACCUCGUGACGUGCGUGAGCGUGGACCGUUACCUGGCUGUGGUCCGCACCCAUCGGGGCCCCCAGCUCCGCGACGCUGGCCGAGCGCGGCUCAUCGGUGUGGCUGUCUGGGCCCUGGCGUCGCUGCAGACGCAGAGGGCACUGUCCCUUCAGCUCACCAUGCCCCUCAUGAACAUGAACGGUGGCGCUGACCCCAUCAUUUACUUCUUUGCUUCCACACGGUACAGGAAAUGGCUCCUCAGCUUCUUAAAACUCUCAGAGCGUCAGCGUCUUCCUCCUCCCCCACCCAGGGAAGCUUCCUCAGAAACACGGAGUAUCAACCAGGCUGGGGGCUCAGUGCCCUUAGAAGAGAAUAAGGUCUAAUGACUCACCAGCUUUGAGACUUUAUCUAGGGAGGGGGGCAGGACUGGGGGCCUGAAGCUUAUAUAAUUUGAGGGGUGGGUUUUUCAAGAAAAAGAAUACAGGGGAAUAAAUGCAAAAUUAGGUACAGAGUCUUGGAUGGUUAAGUGGGGGCCCCAGAGCUUGAACUUGACAGCUUCAGGAUGUAGCACCUCUCAUGGACUGAAAUAAAGAACAGG